CUUCCGCCACCCAGCGACUGUUUCCCUGUCAGAUCGUCGAGUGUGAUUGUUUGGUUGCAGCAAUGUCGUGGCAGCCUCCUCCAUCUUAUCCCCAGCAGAACGCUCCGGGAGGUGGUCGCCCGCCCCCUUUUAUGCCGUUUCCAGGGGCACCACCGUUCGGCCGGCCACCACCGAGACCCGGGCCUGCUCCAGGCCUCGGAUCGGCGCCGUUUCCUGGCCCUCCCGGCCCUCCCGGUCCUCCUGUUCCGUUUCCCGGUGCCCACCAUCCGCCAGCCAUCGGCCAAGCUCCUCCCAGGCCGCCUCCGCCAGGAUUUCCUUCACCGGCAAGCGUCUGGACAACGCACAAGCUCCCGGAUGGAAAAGCAUACUACUUCAACACCGUAACAAAAUCUAGCUCGUGGGAGAAGCCAGAGGAACUCAUGACGCCUUUGGAGCGUGAGCUCUCCAAAUCUCCGUGGAAGGAAUUCACUGCUGCAGAUAGUGGCAAAAAGUACUACUAUCACUCAGGAACCAAGGCGACGGUUUGGGAAAUGCCUGUCGAGUACAAAGCGAUUCUGGAUGCCCACGAUAAAAGCGAGUCGGUCCCUGAGGAUGCUGCCAAGUCCGCUGCCCCGCCAUCGGUUGCUGUUCCUGCGCAUGAUAGCGCCUUAGCUCUGGCGACUACACCUUUGGCUUCAUCGGCGCCAUCUUCUGCUGUCACAGCUACACCAACCACUGCAGUCACUGCGCUUUUGAACGACGGCGAGUUGAGAUUCGGCUCAAAGGAAGAGGCCGAGGCAGCCUUCCGCAAGAUGCUCGACGAAGCAGGCGUCGAGAGCCACUGGACCUGGGAAAAAACCAUGCGGACCACCAUCAGCAACCCCAUGUAUAAGGCAAUCAAGACCCUCUACGAACGCAAGGUCUUCUUCCAGAAAUACAUUGAAGAGAAGCGACGCACAGAAAGAGAGGAGUACAAAGAAAAGGCAGCAACUGCGCGAGCGCAGCUUGUCAAAGCGCUUCAGACGCAUCCCGAAAUCAACCACAAAACACGCUACUCCAAGGUGCUGGAGCUUCUUGCGAGUGAGGAAUGUGUCAAGAUAUUGAAAGCCGAGGAGCGAGAUAGCAUCAUUGAGGCCCACCUCACAGAGCUGCGAAGCACCGAGAAGGAAAAUCUCCGAGUCACCCGGAGAGAAAACUUGCAAAAAUUCCGCGAGAUCCUCAAAGCGCUUCUUCCGUUCACGAUGACGACAACCUGGAAGCAAGUGCACGCCUACUACACUGCUCUCCCGCAGUAUCUCGACGAUGAACAGCUCCAAAAAAUGGACCCCAUCGAUUCCCUGCAGAUUUUCGAGGAGUACUCCCACCAGGCCGAAAGCGAUUAUUGGGCAACCAAAAAUGCCGAGCUGGUUGCGCGCCGGCGUGAGGAGCGAAAGCGACGAGAGUUGUUCAAGAGCCUCCUGGAAGAGCUUCAGGCCAGCGGAAUGCUUCACUCGCGAUCAAAGUGGAAAGACCUCUAUCCCUACUUUGGGCAAGACCCCCGAUAUACCGACAUGGUCGGGCAGCACGGAAGCACCCCCAUGGAUCUUUUUUGGGACGCAGUCUGUGUGAUGGACGACCGCUAUCACCAGGAACGACGAGCCGUCUCGGAGUACAUGAAGUCUCAGGGACACUCGAUGCCAGAGAGCUUUGAUGUCUUUGCGGCAACCAUCCCUCACGAUAUCGCACAGGGGCUGCAUUCUGCCACACUGUGGAAUAUGUUUGAAGAGCAUCGAGAGAAGCUCGAAUGGAAGGCAAAAGAGGAGCGCCGACGCCAGGCAAGAAGAAUCAAGAAAAAGAUGGAUGGGCUGAAGCAUGCUCUGAAGCGGCUCACGCCGGCAGUUACGGUCGAGAGCCAGUGGGAGGCGAUCGAGCCCCUGGUUGCCGAUUCAAGUGACUACGAGGCUUUGGACGCAGAGCAGCGGCUCGAAGUCUUCAACAAGUUCAUUGCUCGCCUCAAGGAAAAAGCCGCCGAUCGUGACCGGGAGACUGCCAGCGAUCGGUCCGCUGAUGAAUAUGGCGACGAAGAUGACGAGGACGAGCGGCGUCGCCGAUCGAGCCGACGCGAUCGCGAUGACGACUACAACCGGGACCGAGACAGGGACCGAGACCGUGAUCGUGAUCGUGAUCGUGAACGGGAUCGGGAUCGGGAUCGAGACCGGGACCGCGAUCGCAGAAGACACCGAAGUAGCAGAUACAGCGACGAAGAAGACGAUCGCGAGCGCCGUCGCCAAAAGAAAAAGCGUCAUGGAGAUGAUGAAGCCGUCGAAGAGCGCGACCCCAAGAGCAGCAGCCAGCCCAACCGUCGAUCCUCCGAAGACGACCAUCGAAAGCGACGCCGCCGUGACAGCGACGUGGGCCGGCGAAUUGGCCCUGACGAGAGCGAGGAGGAGGGCGAGGUGCGCUAAAUGUGCGCCGGGACUCUGAUCUGGCAGCCACGCAACUCUCUUCUCGUACACAAGGACUGGUAUAGCGACGCUAGCUUCAAUACAGUCGAAUGGACAGUU